GAGCAAAAGGACAGAGAGGCGUGCGGGAGGCACUCAGAGCUCUCGGGCUGCCUGCGCUCGCAGCGCCGGGGGAAUUGGGCUGUGGGCGAGGCGGCCCGGGCUGGCCUUUAUCGCUCGCGGGGCUCGUCUUCAGAAACUUUAUCAGCGAGUCUCGCCUCUCGCCGCAGACGCGAGCGGGGGGCGGGGGCGCGGCGAGGCGCCGGCAGCCGUGACGAGGCGCUCCCGGCGCUGAGCGCUUCUGCUCGGGGCACGCAUGGCGCCCGCACACGGAGUCUGACCUGAUGAGGACGCAAGGGGGUUAAUAUGAACGUCCCUCUCGGUGGAAUCUGGCUUUGGCUCCCUCUGCUCUUGACCUGGCUCACCCCUGAGGUCAGCUCUUCAUGGUGGUACAUGAGAGCUACAGGUGGCUCCUCCAGGGUAAUGUGUGACAAUGUGCCAGGCCUAGUGAGCCGCCAGCGGCAGCUGUGCCACCGACAUCCAGAUGUGAUGCGUGCCAUUGGCCUGGGUGUGACGGAGUGGACAGCAGAGUGCCAGCACCAGUUCCGCCAGCACCGCUGGAACUGCAACACCCUGGACAGGGAUCACAGCCUCUUUGGCAGGGUCCUGCUUCGAAGUAGUCGGGAAUCUGCCUUUGUUUACGCCAUCUCCUCAGCUGGAGUUGUAUUUGCCAUCACCAGGGCCUGUAGCCAAGGAGAAUUAAAAUCCUGUUCCUGUGAUCCAAAGAAGAAGGGAACCGCCAAAGACAGCAAGGGCACCUUCGACUGGGGUGGCUGCAGUGAUAACAUUGACUAUGGGAUCAAAUUCGCCCGCGCGUUCGUAGAUGCCAAAGAACGGAAAGGGAAAGAUGCCAGAGCCCUGAUGAAUCUUCACAACAACAGAGCCGGCAGGAAGGCUGUGAAGCGGUUCUUGAAACAAGAGUGCAAGUGUCAUGGUGUGAGUGGCUCAUGUACUCUGAGGACAUGCUGGCUGGCCAUGGCUGACUUCAGAAAAACGGGCGACUAUCUCUGGAGGAAGUACAACGGGGCCAUCCAAGUGGUCAUGAACCAGGAUGGCACUGGUUUCACUGUGGCUAAUAAGAGGUUUAAGAAGCCGACGAAAAAUGACCUUGUGUAUUUUGAGAAUUCUCCAGACUACUGUAUCAGGGACCGAGAGGCAGGUUCCCUGGGUACAGCAGGCCGUGUCUGCAACCUGACAUCCCGAGGCAUGGACAGCUGUGAAGUCAUGUGCUGUGGGAGAGGCUAUGACACCUCUCAUGUCACCCGGAUGACCAAGUGCGAGUGUAAAUUCCACUGGUGUUGUGCCGUGCGCUGUCAAGACUGCCUCGAAGCCCUGGAUGUGCACACGUGCAAGGCUCCCAAGAGUGUGGAUUGGACAACCCCUACAUGACCCCAGCAGAGGUCACCACUCACCUUCUCUUGCUUAAGGACUAUAUUGGAUCUGCAAGAACACUGGACCUCUGAGUUCUUUCUGGGGAGACAUUUCCUAAGGCAUGUGGCCUUUGUCUCAACACAAGCCUCUUCUUCCUCCCUUCGGUGCCCCAGAACUGGGGGCACAUGCUGCACAUAAUGUACACCCUACUCUAUCCAUCUUCAGCAGUCUGGGGUCACCUCUCUUUCUGCUGAGUUCUCUUUGGAAAUGGCAUGACAGGCUAUGAGAGGAAGAGGGCAGUGGGCCCAGACUAGUCUCACCUACACUUUUCCUCUUUCUAGGGCAGUUGACCAAGGGGAAAAAGAGCAUCUCUAAGGAGCUUUCUCUGUAUCUUCCAACAAAGCUCACAGUUAAGAAAUUCCAUACUUCCCUUUUGGGGUGGGGGAUGGGUAAAGAAAGCAGAAUCUACUCCACCAGGUUAAUUUUAAUUCUUUAAUAGUCCAAGCAGAGCGUUUGUCUGAUCAAGUGAUGUCCACAACCACCAUUCUUGGUAAUUGCUUGGAGAAAGAUGUCUUUCAAUAAACUUGAGGUUUAAAAAUGCAUAUUUUUCAAAGCGUUUAUUGCCAUAUUAAACUCUGAUGUAACAAGGUAGGACUGUGUGUCCUUCAGCCCAAUGGUGUUUUGAAUCAUGACCAAUAUUCAAAGCCUCAGAAAGUGAUUGCUUUUCAUCACUGUCCCCUCAAUUUAAAGAAUCUUUAGGGAAUGAGACUUCUUUCUUACUAGGAGCUGGAGAGAAUUUGAAGGCAGGUGGAUGAUCUGACAGUGUUUUGAAACUAUUAGGUAAAUAUGGUGAAAAAUAACACAGUAAGUAAAAUAUCAGAAAAUGUAUAUAGAUAAAGA